AUGGGCUCCAGGUCUUCCACAUUACUGAGGGACGAGGAGAUCGAUGAGAUCAAGAAGGAGACCGGCUGUAAGUAACCACUGGGGUAAGGGGAGUCACAUUAGGCCGGGGGUGGCCAUAACAGCCAGCUCUUGGAGAACUACAUCUCCCAUGAUGCUUUGCCAGCCCAUUAUGGUGGUUGUAAUUCUAUAACAGGUUUUUGGGGUCUACCCUGUGCCCCCCACCCGCUUCCAUUGGGUAAUAGCUAGGCCCUCUGACUAGGUAACAUGACUUGACACUCAGUGUAAACAUUUAUAUAAUCACAUCCCAUAGCUCAGAUCUGCUCACAAUAUCCUAUUAUUGGGGUCUCCUCUGUUUUUUUUUAAAUUUUGUGUAAGAGGUUUAAAUACCAGUUGUGAUAGUCCAGCUGUAAUAGACUACAUUUCCUAUGAUGCCCAGAGUGCCCAUCAUUAUUAUCAUCAUGGGAAGUAUAGUCUGCAACUUCAGGGGCCACUAAGGAAAAAUGUCACCGUUAUUGAUAUAAUAAUCCAAGAAAAAUGCCCAUGGCACUCAACGUGAAGGUAAAAAUAUAAGGCAGUAAAGACACUUUUUUUAUUAUACGUCGCAAAUGUAUGUAACGGCAUUUUAAAGCCAAAAUUGAUCUUAAGUGUUUUGUCCUAUAACUCUGAACGUACCUAAUCGUAAAUCAGAUUAGUUUCUAGGUGAUCUGUUACUAUAGUUUAAAUACAUGUUACUUGUGAGUUUUGGAAUUAAGGUCCCCUGAAGUUCACACAUAGAGACAUUGUGUGCUUUGUAUCUCAAAGAUCAUCUGUCCUUCCUGGGAGAGGUACUGCUAGGAUAUAUGGAAAGUGUUUGGAUUGUUCUCACUUUGGUCUAUUGCUACGUAAUAACUAAUAAUAGUCAAUGUGAUGAAAUGACCUUUGCCUAUUAAUGGAGUGAUUGGGAUGGACAUCUGCAUCACAUUUUGCACUAAUCUUUUUGUAUUUGUACCACAAUAAAAUAAGCAUUCUCCAACCUUUUUCUAAAUGAUUCUAUAACAGAUGGCUUACCAGCCAUGUAACCCCAAUAUAGUAUUCAACAAAUGUUACGUUAUAACCUCUUCUGAAAUUACAUUGAUAGUGAAGUAACUUGUUUAAGGAUGACUGUCACCUCAAAACAUUUUUUUUAAUAUAAUAAUCCUUUUAUUAAGUUUUGAAAGGAAAUAUAUUUUUUAAAUAAAAAAAAGAGAACCACAUUUUUGCCUUUUACUAUAUAACAGGGCCCAUAAGCCAUAUUUAUGCACCUUGGGUCAGACAAUGUUUAUAAACCAUCUAUUAGUCUCUAUGGUCUUCACUGUUUCUGUGCAGGGAGUGAAGCAGGGAAUAUCAGAGAGACUAACCGUUGCUUUCCAAUCACUGUUUGACCCAAGGUGCAUGUAUAUGGCUGAAGGAUCUUGUCAUAUACAAAAUGGAUACAUUUUUCUAAUCUAUUUUUACAUAUACUCUAUCAAAAUAAAUAUUUUCUUUCAAAACUUGAGAAAAUAAUUAUUUUAAAAUAAAGUUAUUAUUAUUAUGAUAUUUAUAGAGCGCCGUCAAAUUCCGCAGCGCUUAACAAUGUUCAUAGUUGACAGUUGGCCUUUAAUAACGUUUAAUGUAUCUUCAAAAAUCUGUGAUCUGGCAAAAUUUGCCAUAGCGAAGUGUUCUACUGUGAUGUAUCAUAACUUGCCAAAGAGUAGUUUAGAAAACAAACAAACGAACACCUUUAGAUAAGUGUUCUAAUUAAAUAAAUUACUUAACUUCAAUCAAUAUGCAGCCUCCCAGGAUCGUUAUCCACAACAAACGAUCUUAACAUAUGCAUAGAACCCCAGACAGAAAUGGGAUACGGCUGUACAAUCUAUAGAGGGAACAUAUAAAGGAAAAAACACACAAUAGUGUGAUACAGUAAAUACAGUGAAUAGUGCGCUUAAAUGGAUGCACUCACAAGAUGAUGAAGAUGAAAAAGCAUUCAUAGGGUGCCUCCCCAGAUAGCAUAGGGGGCUAGUGGUUUCCCCUAUCCGAUGUAAAGCGACCAAUGGAACACGGGACUCCAGGUAAGUAAUAGUAGAAAAGCAAUACUUUUAUUUUCUUAAAAGGUGAACAAGCACCAUAAGAAUAAAGGUUUAAAAGUGCAGCAAUAGGUCCAACGCGUUUCGUUCAAGACUAGAACUUCAUCAGGGACCGCACAGUAAAAAAAUCACAGACAAUAUCAUAGAUUGUAAAAUAACAUCCUACUUUCCCCUUAACAGAAUCUCUAUAUAUAGGGCUAGUCCCAAAGUCCCAUUGGUCCAUAGUGUAGGAGUAUCCAGUAGCCAGCCAAUCAUCUAUCCAGGGGUAUUGUCCUCCAGCUGAUAGUGUUUGGGUAGUUUAAAAAGGGCGCGUUCAAUGUGAAAGCCGAAACCGGAAGUGGAUGUCUGCCUUCACUUCCGCGUUCCAUUUGCGUUCCAUAUGCGUUCCAAACACGCUCCAAGUGCGUUCCAAAUACAUUUACUGCUCUUUUUCAACUAGAACAGCGAGGAGCCAUCAAUAUAAGUGAUCAUCAAAAGGACAAAGCCCAAAAGUGUUAAAUGCAUUAAAUGUAAUUAAUCUCUAAAAGAAGAAAAGUGAAUUAGUGCAUGUAAUAUACAACAACCAUGUUAAGAUAGUUCAUAUGGAACUUCCCCACAUAUUAUAUAUAUGACAAUAUCAUACACCAUUAAAUAGUGCCAUGUAUGUCUAUUUAAAGUGACAAACAUCUCAUUAUUCAAAAAAUAAGAACACAAAUAAUAUAUUCCUAAACAAAGUUCCCUCAAUAUCAAUAAUAAUCAUUUUAAACCAUAUAACCUGCAAGGUACACCUAACUAUAUAAUAUAAAGAUUUUUUUUUUUUUUUUAUUAUUUUAUUAUAUAAAUUAUGAAUUGUAUUGAUUAAAGACACUUCUUUUUCCCUAUAUUUAGACUGCCAGAGCUCCUCAUAUUCCCAAAGAUACUUAUGGAAUAAUUUACAUAAAGGAGAAGAAUAACCAAAAAAAUCAGUCCAAGAAACACACCAGAUCGAUCCCAAUAUUCAGGCCCCUAGGUUCAAGGGUCUUUAGUUUGUGUAUCCAAAAGGUUUCCCUUUGGGAUAACUUUUUGAUCCUAUCACCUCCCCGCCAGUAGGGAAGGACAUGUUCAAUACCCAUACACUUGAAAUCUCUAAAGGAGAAGGAAGGACAAUUACUGCAAUGGGCAGAGACUGAAUGAGUAACCAGUCCUUUACGUAUAUUAUUUAGGUGUUCCAAGAUCCUGACCUUCAGGAUACGUUUCUUCCUUUAUAUGUUCCCUCUAUAGAUUGUACAGCCGUAUCCCAUUUCUGUCUGGGGUUCUAUGCAAAGAGUAGUUUAACCUGUGAUUUAGCAUAACGUGCCAGAGCAAAGUUUUUCACAAUACUUUGGUUGUGAUAUACUCUGGGUGAACUCUACAGACCUUUUUAUAUUUUAAUUUGGGAAUUAUUUAUUAUGUAUAGUUAUCUGGCCAUAAAUAAAUUAAUCUUAGAACCAGAUUUAAGUUGUGACUGCCUACACUCACCCAUUCCCCAACUAACAUAUUUUAAUUGUUAGUUUUCUCUGUCGAUGUGAUUCUUAUAAGUCAUAUUCCCAAAUACAGUAGAGCAUUACGUAGAAUACAUUAUGUAAAUGUCCUGGAUUUCAUUCUGUGAAAUAUUAUAAGCCAUAAAACAUUCUUCAAUUUAUCUGAUUUUCCCACCACUGCAGCUAUUUUACACUUUGGUUGUAAAUUCAGUAUUUAGUGAAUAAGGCCUUAUGUGCGCUUGGAUGUAUAAUUUGCCCCUCUUUCAUGGUAUGCGCUUCAGCUAUUGUCUGUGCAGAAUGAUGUGGCACUUGCCAUUCAAGGAAGGAUUUGCUGCACACGCUUUGCCUGUUUCUGCGCUGCUUGCUAAUUGUGUUUGGUAGUGGCUUUGAUAUCAUGCCAAUGAGAAUUUUUUCACAUAACUUCAGUGUGCUUAUAAAUGCCCACUGCUAAAGGUCUGCUGUGUGAGAGCAAUUCAAAUUGUCUGAAUACUGUUUGAGACCCAGUUGUGGAAAUUUCCUUUGUCCUGGAAAACAUGGUGGAUCAAAUGCCAGUGCAUAUUUCACUAAAUCUCAUUAUCUUGUGGUGGGUUUUACCAUUUUUAUUUUAUUUUUUAAGAAUUUAAAUUUGGCAGAAUCUUUCAUGCUUUUUCAUUUGUUAAAGUGAUGUAAACUUAACCAAUUUUUUUUUUUUUUUUUUUAAACAUUUAUCUCCCCUCCCCAAAUGUAUGAUCAAUUUUAACUCCUUUUAGUGAUCAGUUACAGUCUACUCUAUUACAAUAUAACAAUAUUUUUUAUUAUUUUUUUAAAUUAAUUAAAAAAAUUUUAAGACUCUACACAUUUUAAAUGUCCCGUCAAGUUAGUGAUAUUAAAGCUGUAUAAAGCUGGCAAACUAUAUUUUUCCAGUUCGAUCUCAAUCCAAGUAUACAAAGAGAACAGAAAUAUUGUGUUCUCUACUAAUCCGUACGGUACACAUUUACUCAGCAGUUUCUUAGUAGCACUGUGUGGCAAUAAAGUGUAAGCUUGUGUGCUAUCGUCAUGCACUAAUGUAUAUUCAGACUCCAGCAUUUACAGAUUGCAAUGCUGACUGUCCUGGUCUUUAAUGGGUUAAAUCUAGGUGAAGUUUAAUUAAGGCAUUGUGACACCGAGGUCCAUUUUAUCUUUCUUAUAACUUUUUUUUUUUUUUUUUCCUUCUCUCUUAUAGUUUCUCAUAGCCAGAUAACACGUCUGUAUAGUCGUUUCACCAGUCUUGAUAAAGGAGAAAAUGGGACAUUAAGGUAUGUUUUAAAACUAUUGUAUAAUCUAAUAGCCAAGUCUACUGUAAUACAUUUAAAAAAAAAAAUUUAAAAAAAAUUCAGUUGAUAAUUAUUAUAAUCCCGCACACAUCAUGCUGCCACAUAUGAUCUAUGAUGUGUAUAAUUUAUUUUUGGGUUGGGUGGUAUCAAGAUUAAAUGAACAAUCCAAGCACCAUAACCACUACAUAACAUAUCGUGGUUAUGGUAUCAGGAGUCCUCUGACUCCUCCUUUCCAGUGUAAGUAGUCAAAACAUUUGACUACAACGACUUCUUAAAUGGGGUCGACGGGUACCAUUCCCUGCCUCACAGCAUUGUACAGAAAAGACAGAAGCUCCUGCUAGAGCAACCUUGGCAAAUGUGCUAAGCCUGGGAUUAACUCAGAAAACUUCCUGUCCCCUGGACACUGCAGAGAGGUAGCGAGUGGAGGUGGACCCCAGGUAAGAAAUCCCACUUUUCUAAAAUGGUUUGCCUACUUACAUUGGGGGUGCCAGGGCACUGCUGGUACUUUAACUAUGUAGUGGUUAUGGUGUUUAAAGUGUUUUCUGAAUCUGUUUUGUUAAAUUGAAUCUGGUGCUUAUAAAUCCUAACAAACAUACAGCAUGGCACACUGGGAAUCACAGAAUUUCCAAUGUGCAGGUUCACGCUUGGAAUGGGUUAUUGGGAGGGGGCAGCUGCUUUCCCAUAGCUCAGGCCACUCUAAGAGGCUAUUGGCUUAGCUGUAAUAUCUAGAGUGGUUUAAAAAUAAAUAAAUAAGGCAUAACUCUUCAUCUAGACAUUUAUACAUUCUUUAAAGUGACAUCAAGUCUUGUUUGGCAUGACAGAAGCACUUAAAGGAACACUAUAGUCACCAGAACAAGUACUGAUUAAUGUAGUUGUUCUGACAAGUAUAGUCAGUCCCUGCACACGUUUUAAUCUAAAGACUGCCUUGUCAGGGAGAAGGCCGUGCUUACAUUGCUGCCUAGGAAUACCUCUAGUGACAGUCACUCAGGUGGCCACUAGAGGUGCUUCUUGGGUCAUGUGCAGCACUAACAUUCUGCCUCUCCAUGCCCUUCAUGGAGACGCUGAAUGCUCUUCAUAGAGAUGCAUUGAUAUAUGAUUAAGGAGACACUUAUUGGCGUCUUGCUGCGCAUGCGCAGUAGCCUCCCACUGCUUUACUGUGGGAAAGUAUUAGAAUGGCUGAGAUCAUCAAGUUUGAUCUCCGCUAAGGAGGUGGAGCAGAGGCAGAGCCAGCCGCGACAAGACCCACACAGCGCUGGAAGCAAGGUGGGUAAACCCGCCAUUUAAUUUUCUGACAAGAUGGCCGUCUCUGACACUGUUUGUGUGUUUUUUGGUUUUUUUUUUGUAGUAAAGAUUAGAGUAAAAGAUGUAGGCACACACAUUCACUGUAUUCAUUGAACAUUUAGCAGUUUUUCAAACCUGUAAGAGGCCAUUACAGACCAACCAAUACUGUCUUUUGCUUUCACUGGUUUCCAUGGUGAUUGCCUCACUUGUGGAACUCUGUCCCACUUUUCACAACUCAGAACACUGAAAAAUCUCCCCCAUUUUCCCCGUGUUAACCUUCUUCCUUUAUUGGACUGUGUUGUAUUUUAUUAAUGUUGUGUACUGUACAAUGUUUCUUAACUUUCGCAUUGUUUAAAAUUGAAGAAAGUAUGUAAGUCUGAUGGAAUUUUAAUUUAAUUAAGCUGGAUAAUUUCGGACGUAUUUCUUUAGUUAAAAAAUAUACACAGAGUCUCUGUGUUAAAUUUUCAAGGUCACCCAGUGUGUAUUUUAUUUUUUCAGUUGGUAGUCAACGUCCACAAAGCUCUGCUCGUAAAAUGUUCCAGAAGUGUUGUAUUUACUCAUAUGGUCGUUAAUUUGCCUUUCCUCCAGUUUCAGUCUUGUUUGUAGUUAAAUAUUAAAUAAUAUAACACCUUUUUAUAUGAUGUUCCUCUUCCCAUGUGAUCAACCAAAGUUUUGUUGGUAUGCCUUCUGACAUUAAAAAUGUGACAAUGGCAGUGGUAGGGCGCCUCAUUUUUCACUUAUCUCUGCGGAUAUUUUUAAAAAGGGCCUCAGUCAGAACGUUAAUGGUUUGUAUGCUGUGCGCAUUGCGGAAGCACUCUUGAAGAUAUGCCCUGCCCUAGCAUCAUACUGUUCUGAGUUCAUUUUUUAUGACACACUGUGCUGUUUCAAGACUUUUCUGUGGGGGUCCCAAGCUGUGACUCUAACACCAAAUGUAGGAAUGAUCGAUGACAGAAGAAUCUGAAAUAAUGUAUAUAGAAAGAGAAUGCAUAUCUAUCGGGAUCUCUCCAAUGGACAGUUUUCUAGAGUAUGGCCAAAACCAACAUUCGAUUUGACAUGACCUCCUAGAAAUCUCACUUUUGAUGUGUGGUCCCAAUUCAUUGAGUGAAAGGAAUGGAAUUCCCAGCUGAAAUCGUGGAGAGAUCCCAGUAUUUCUGCUAGUAGUAGGUUGUGGUUAUUUAAAUAGACAGGGUAUAUCAAAUUGAAUUUGAGAAGGUUGAAUAUACUAGCAUUUAAUAGAUGAUGGGACUGAAAAGCGUUAAAAAUAAGAACAGUAAGGUUUGUUUUAUCUUGUGUUAGCCAGGGGCGAAUGUGAACUAUAUUGAAAUGUUGAUGGAAACUUCAAUGCCAGGGGUAGAGAGCUUAUGGGGUAGGGCUGAUUGAUGCAUAACUGACCGCAAUUGAGGCUAACAAAGACGAGUUGCUUGACGUGGGAAAGAAAAGAUAAAACCUGUAGAUAGUCAAGUUAAAAGAAACCAGACCGGCUUUUAAAUAGGGGAGGCACUUGGUGAUCUGAUCAAGAGAGGGAAACAAUACUGAUUGUCUCAUAGUAAAUAGAUAAGUCCAAAAGCUGUGAAGCCACCAACCUCUUGCAAAUAUUGUUUUUCACACACAGUGUAAUAGUGUACUACAUUUAUUUCAAACCGAUACCGAGCACAUUUGUCAUUUGGGGGCAGUUUAGCCAGCCUCCUACAAAUUUUUUUAUUUUUUUAUUUUUAAAGGAGGUGUAACUGGUAUUUCAUGAGUAGGAAGGGACUACUCUUUAACACGAGUAUUGUUCAUGUGUAUUUGUGUGGGUAUACCUUUUUAAGGUGAUGGUGUUUGUUCUUGUUUAACUAACAUAGUUCCCUGAAGGAGGUGAGAUUAUAUUGGUCCUCAAAUGGUGUAGUCAUGUAAACAGUAGAUCGGCAUGGAUAUUAUUGAAGAGUUAGUUCUCAAGCUAAUGCCAUAUAAUUUGAGUCCCUCUCAUCUGAUUUUAAGUGCCUAUUUUACAUGACUGACUUUAUUUCACGUGUUAAUUAUUAACUUGGAAUACUUACAAGUAAUUACUCUACAGUACAACUUAAUUACAUUAUCAAACAUUCAGAAGUUGAUACAACGUGGACAAUAACAUUCUGUUAAUGUGUAGUAUGUUAUUUUAAAUAGUUGCCAGAGUACCAGAGCAUCUUUGUGUAAUUGUAGAAUUGAUGCAGAGAGAACCGUGCACCCAUUCCCAGUUUUGUAGAUGGCCUAUAACUGCAAUGAUAUGUAAAAAUACCCUCCCCCCAGAGUUGUCAGUCAUGCAGCAGAAAUUCAGACUUCCUAGCUGCCUGUGUCUAUUUUUCUCCAGGUUGUGCAUGUGAUUUCUUUUGUUUGGGGACAUUUAUUUUAUAUUGGUUUUACCUUAAACGCUUGUACUUCUUUUGAUUACAGUAGAAUUUUAAAUAAUUCAGGGUGAUUCCCCGGCUUGGCUUUGUCCCCUUACAUUUUGGCAUUCAGCUUUCAGGUCUCUAUAAAUCAGUUCAGUUAAUAACCCCUAAAUGUUGUAUGGGUGUUUUUUACUGCUACCACUCUUUGUAAUGCACACCCCAUAUAGUACUGCUUACAAAAUGAAUUAUUGCGUGAAGCUGUAUUGAUGCAUUAUUGUACAUUUAAUGCUUGACAUGUCUUUGAUUAAUGCUGUAAAAUCUGUUUUACAUUGCUUGACGUUCUGCAAAGCAGCAUAUCUCUCUAUAUACAUGGAAAACCUUCUGGGACUAUAUUUAGCAAGUCCCUGUUGCGUGCCUGUUACUACCAUCAACUAACGUGUUCCUUUAAUAAUAAUGAUGGUGGGUGCCAGCAGCCAGUCUUGUACAGCAAUACAGAGUGAAGUGGGCCUUAGACCCAAUUAAUUAUGUUGCUAUAGGAGCCAUAACAAGAAAUAUCUGACCAUUAAUUAUAUUGAGACAUCCCUCACUAAGCAAUUAGGUGGACAACCAAAAUCAAACAAAUGUCCAUUGCAACGCCAUACUGCUUCAAUGAGUUAGAAACCUGUUUUUUAAUUAAUUUGUUGAUAAUUAAAGUGAACUGGAUUUACCAUAUAAAUUUGAAUAUUACUUGACAUUUCGGUGUGGAACUGGCCAUAUUGAUUGAUUUAGGCUGACUCAAAUAGAGAAGGUUCCUGCUGACGUAUGAUUUGUCUAUUAAAGACAGAUUGUUAACUCCAAAAUAUGUAGAUGACCAGUUCACUUUCAGGCAGAUAUAGAAAAUAUUCCUGUGUGUGUGUAUAUAUAAAGGAUGGUGAACUUUUCAGAAAAUCUUUACAUUUAUUUAUUUUUUUUAAAUCAUGACCGCUUCUGCCAAAUUAGCUGCCGGGUAGACUACUUUGGACCUCCAGGUGUUGUGCACUACAUCUCCCAUAAGGCUCUUAGUUAUAAUGCUUUCAAAGCAUCAGGGAAGAUCUAAUCCACAAAGUCCACAACAUCUUGAGUGCUGCAAUUUGCCUACCCCUUGGCAUAGAGCAUACACUUAAUAUAAUUGCACAUGGCAAAUUUCCUAACCCACCCCCUCCUAUCUACCCAUACAACUGUUCCCUUGACGUAGAGGUAAAAAACUUUUUUGUUUUAGUGAUCGCUUGGUAUUCUAGUCUUCUGUUUGUUAUUCAAUCUUGAAGAAAGAAGAUGUAGGUUUUAUCUUGCUGGCUUUCUUUGCAGUAUCUAUAUAUGAAAAAUAUAUCUACCUGCAGGGACAGUGUCCACUUGCUUUGCACUUUAUAUAUAAAAAAAAAAAAAAAUGUAUAACUUGAAGAAUGAGCGUAAUGAGUCAGGGCAGGUCCUGAUAGGAGUCAUCGGAGGUUGGAGACUAACUGCACUGACUACACAAGGAUAAUUCGGAACUAAUAGCAUGUUAAAGCUUGAUGUUAAGCUAAGCUGGACUAAGGAAAGUAUUGUAUAACAUACUAGCUAAGACAUAUGUAGCUUUAGAACCACUGGGUACGCAUCACUAUGAGGAGGUAAGGGUGAAGAAGCAUAGGAGACUCUGCCACAGUAAUAAGAGUCACCAAAUGUAAGUGGGAUCUCCAGGAUUCAUCUGACACCACAGGUAUGCGUUGCCUUUAAUUGCCCUCUUGUAGAGCCAGGCGUCAUGUUGGAGCUUGUAAGCAGUGGAGGGUUUGCCCCGCACCAGUUUUAUAGGGGAAUGUGCUGUGUUAGGGGAUAAUACAGGCUAUGAACCUGUAGAGCCAGCCUGUAAUGAAAGAUUAACAUAUAAAGCAGGCUGCACACACCAACUAUAUGGUGGGUCACAUGCAUUUGGUACCACAGAAGUAUGCAAUGGGGUUAAUUGAGAGCACAGUGACAUCUGUCUCGUGAUAAAUGGUUGGCAUUGGUUGAACUGGUUAUGCUAACUGCUAGUACUGUCAUUAUAAAACAAUUGUUUAGGUUCUGGCAUAAAAAAGACAGGAGGUAUGAACAUAAAUACUAGUUUAGACGGUUAGUGUCUUCGUCUUAUAGGCUUAUGAGAGUCCCACAAUGGUGAGCCAUCUGCUGCAGAAAUCCGUGUGGCCCACAGUGCCCAUCUUGAUGCUGCACAUCGGUAUUUGUCAGCGGUUAGCUGAUUCCCUUGCUGAUGCUCUGCAUGUUUUUUCCUGGCUGAUCUGCAAGGGUAUCAGAGCGAUGUGACUGAGGGGGGACAUCCCUCCAGGCCUUCGCUAAAGUUGGCAUCUUUAGGCCACUGUCUCAGUGGCUCAGUAAGUCCCGGACCUUCUCACUUCUGGGGGGGAACAGGAGGCGGUUGGAAACUGCGAGGUUGGCCGCCCCUCAAGGCCUCGACUUCCAGGUAGGCCUCGGUCGUGUCACCGGUUCUGCAACCGCUAAAAUGCCGGUGCCAUUGUUGGCAGUGGUGGUCCCACUCUUAGCAAGGUAGUUCAGGCUUAGUGAAGACCGAUGUAAAUAUUGUAAAUAAGUUUUUUAAAUCAUCGAUGCUGCAUGGAGAUCCAACUGUGUGCGACCGUUCAGCUCAGCAGCCCGGCCCUGCCCUGUCAAUUCUUUCUUUAACCCCUUAAGGAUACAACAUGUGUGACAUGUCAUGAUUCCCUUUUAUUCCAGAAGUUUGGUCCUUAAGGGGCUAAAGAGCGAUUCUAACACUUUAGAUGGACAGUUCAUUGCAUGAAUAACCAAAUAUCAAUCAAUACCCACAAAACGAAAAGAGUGUGAGUAAAAACAUUGUCAUAUUAAAGAUUUUAAAAUAAAUUGGACUAGCGACCUAGAAGACAUUCAGAAGAUUAAGUGAUACCCGUAAUCAGUUAAUUGAAAUUAGCAUUUUAAAAGUAGAUAAAAACGAGAUGUUGACUUAAUAUCAUCUUCACCUAAUAACAAACUAAAAUCUAUAAAUUAUAAACCCCCAGUAGUAGGGACUAGGUGUAGGGACAUAAAAGCUAGGUUGAAUAAAAUGAAGAGUUCCAAAAUGAGGUUCUAACUCUUCAUUAUUCUACAAGAUAUUUUUAAACUGUGAAUCAAAAACAUUUCUUACAAUAGUAAGAAAGUGGAAAAACACCCAGAAUACGUGUAAAUUAAUAUAUAAAAUAUACAACAACCUGAUGGAAAAUGUAAUUCCAUUACAUUUUCCAUCAGGUUGUUGUAUAUUUUAUAUAUUAAUUUACACGUAUUCUGGGUGUUUUUCCACUUUCUUACUAUUGUACAUUGUUUCUCGGGUGUCUGUGAGGUACACCAGGGAAUUCUUCCAGCUAUACGUUUUUGUGUAGUGUAUAUAUAAUCCUUUAUCUAUAAAAACAUUUCUUGUCUGGUUAAUCUUUUACAAAGAUCACCUCCUCUCCAGGGUAUGUGUACUAGUUGGAUCCUACAGAAUUCAAGUGUUUUGGGACCACCAUUGUGGACAUUCUUAACGUGUUUGGACAGGGUGUGGUUCUGAAACUUUCUUUUUAUGUUUUAAGUAUGUUCUCUUAGUCUAAUUUUCAACAUACUUUUGUUUGACGCACAUUGACUUGUUCCUGCUCGGUAUAUGUCAGAUUUCAACUGGUGUAAGGCUUUAAUCUUUGAGAUUGAGUUAUCAAGGCUGAUUUAUUGCUCAGACUGGUCAGAGCUAAGAAGAAACACAUCCGGCCAUCUUUGCUGUCAGGUCCCGCCUGCUUUGCGCUUUUAUAUCCCUAAAAAUCUUAAUAUCUUUUUCGACGUGUUUCUAUUUACAUAGUUUGUCAGGUUGAUAUGUGUUUCUCAACCUCUAAUGUAGAAGUACCACUACAGGGCUAAAAGAAAUUCCUAAGUACACCUGCCUUGAUAGUCAUUUCUAUUGGCACACUAUAGUCAACAGAACAACUCCAGCUUAAUCUAGUGAUUCUGGUGUCUAUAUCCUGUCCCUGCAGGCAUUUUAAUGUAAAUACUGCAUUGUCAGAGAAAAGGCAGUGUUUACAUUACUGCCUAGGGACACCUGCAGUGUCAGUCACUGAGACGGGCCCUAGAGGUGCUUCUUGGGUCAGUGCUGAACUUCCCCCAUAGAGAUGCAUGUCUAUAAGAAGACGCUGAUUGGCGCAGAGCUGCAUUUUGAUGCGCAAUAGCCUCUCAAUAGAAAAGCAUUGGAUUGGCUAAGAUAAAGUUUGAUCUUUGCUAAGGGGGUGGAGCUUUGUCGGGGCUAGCAGAGACCGGAGUUAAUCAUCUUAUUAACCGGAGGUAAGAGAGGGCCUUAACAGCUAAUUAGACCUAUAGACACAUUUGUACUCCUGUAACUGAAAAGAAAUAGCGCCUUAAUGUGGUGCAGAAUGUCCAGGAGCGGUUAUGUCCAAAGAUGGCUUAUGUGUAAACAGUUAUACUGAAUAUCUUUGGGCAUAACAGCUCCUGGACAUUCUGCACCACAUUAAGGCGCUAUUUCUUUUCAGUUACAUUUGUUUGGACAGGUAUUGGAUGAAUUCCUGUUUUUGUCCAGUAUUUUGAGCAACCCACUAUAAGUCAGACUCCCUCAAUUCUGUGUGUUGCACUAGGCAUACCUGAUUUUUACAUUUGUACUCCUGACACUUUAGUAUUCCUUUAAGACCAUCAAGCCUCCCUACCUUUUGGAGUGCUGAAGUAGAUUCUUUUCCUGGGGUCUGCAUUUCGGCCGAGUAGGCACCCGGCGUACAGGUAAGCAGUUUUCUACUCUGCCUUAGCGCACAGCCGGCCACCUACUGGGAGGGUAGUAAGAUGGCAAGCCAGACAGCUCUUUGUUAUGCACACCCCCAGGAGGGGGUGGGGUAGAUUAUAUUAAACCCACUGUGCUGUAUGAGUGAGUGCCCAUAAGUUUACAAUCUAAUCUCAUUCUAUGCUUGACUACAUUUUCCGAUUGUAUUGCUCCAGAAAUUGCAGCUUUGUAAACAGAAAGUGCAUAUCUACAAAGGUCUAAUCUAGCACAUUGAUUUCUACCACAUCAAGCAAGAAUAGUGUUAAUCUUUCUAUUGAAACUCACUCCUGGUUUUUACCAGUUGCAUGCCGCUCCCUUCAUACCUGCAUGCUUAUCUCACUGCCCUUUUUAUUAAACUAUUUAUCUAGUGCCUUGCAAAAUGUUAGGUUGUACUUUGUACCUGCUUAAAAAUGCCAUGGUAAGAUCUGUAAUAAGCAAAACGUAUUCUAUUACUUAUUUUAGAUGGAUUGUCAACUCUAAAAUGGCAAAUGGUGGGAAAAUGCCUUCACACACUUUAGGUUUUUAUUUGGGGUGGAAGGGGGGGAUACAUGAGAAAAGUACAUUUCAUAGGCCAGUGCUUGCGUGUUUGACUAUGUUCUGUUACAGAAGGAUCCUGGUGGGCUUGAAGGCUGUUUCUGUAUGCUCUGUCUGCAUGGACAACUUUGGGGCUCCCAUGGACUACUGCAUAACUGUAUACGGUGCUGGGAAUAUAUAAUGGUGUUCCAAGACAGAAUAACAUGCUAGAUAAGGGGAGGCCUGAAGCUGAGGCAGUCCUUAGUGUCAGUCUGGAAUAUAGAAAGUGGGCUCUUGGACCCAUACAAGAACAUUUAACGGUUAUGUAACUACAUUGCAGAACUUUCUGUAAUUGGAAGCAUGACCUAUCAAUGUUGAACAGUUUAUAGAUUUUUUUUUUUUCUGUGUUUGCUCUUAAACCAGUGAUUGUAGUGAAUUGACAAGAACAUACUCCUUCUGUGGGAUGAGGAGGGAGACCGAGAGAUGGAAAAUUGUGACUUUUAGGUCAUUCUCCUACUUUGCUUCUUUAUUCUAGUUUAUUUAAGUUAUUUUGUACAAGUUCACUGUCCGUUCUCCACAAUUUCCAUUUGAGUGAAUAAACUCUGGGAUGUUCAGUUAUUUGAAAGGCUGUAUAGAUGGUGUUGGUUUCACAUGAUUACCAUGCUUUGUAUAUAGGAUGGCAUCAUGCACGUGGUAUCCAUUUUCUUUCUACAAGUCUUGUGAUGAACAUCUUCCUUACUAUCUAUUUUUAAAUUUCUCAUUUCUGUCCUCGUUUCUGACUGCUGCCAAAGGUUGUGGUUUUUUUUUUGUUUUUUUUUGUUUUUUUACAACUUUGUUUUGUUUCAGCUAAUGCUCCUCAUUUACAUCCACACACUCUUUACAUCAGAAUUGGCUAUAUUUGUCCCCUUCUCCUUGGGUGUAUCUGGACUGCAAUCUUAAUGAUGUUCAAGCAGCUAUGGUUGACUUUUAGUGCCCUUUUAUUUAUUUUGUCAAACAUUCUUCAUUAUUGACACAUUUUUAGAGCACUACCCAAGUCCUCUGGAAUCUGGAUCAGAGGGGAAACAUUUAUAGCCUUACCGUAAUGGAUCUCUCCUCCACUGCAUUGAGCAACAGAUCUUAUAGCUCUUUCGGAACAAAUUACUGCUGUGUUUGGUUAUUAGCUCGACAAACCCCGUUUAGGAAUCCCAAGUUAAACCACAAAAAACAUUAACUUUGCGUUGCUCACAAUUUGAUCAACAGACCGGCUUAUGGAUUAGUUUUUUCUCGAUUUUUUUUAUUUGGUUACUAUGGCAACAUCAAAUCCCCAUCCUUUCAACAGCUAAAGGGUUAAAUAAGUAAGGAAGAGCUUUAUGUACAAAUAGAGUGGAAAUCACACUUUUUUUCAUUUAAAUUAAAAGAAUGUGCAUUUGAUCGAAUGUUGUUAACCCCUUGAAUACCAGUAAGUGACCUUGCAUGCACAACCCCAAAAACAAGUGAUUUGACCGUCACAUCAUUAGUUAAAGUAAUUGCAGUGACAAUUUGCAAAUACUUAUUUUUUAUUCCAUGAUUUCUCUAUCUAGUAUUUGUUUUGCUAAAAAGCCUCUCUAUUAAAAUGUCUUUUUUUAUUUCAUUGUAGUCGAGAAGACUUCCAGCGAAUACCAGAGCUGGCAAUCAAUCCUCUGGGUGAUCGAAUUAUCAAUGCAUUUUUUAUUGAAGGGUAAGAUUAUUAUUAUUAUUAUUAUUAUUAUUAUUAUUAUUAUUAUUAUUAUUAUUAUUACUUUUAGAAUUCUACCAUCUUAGUUCAUACGUGCUGUGAUUCCCAAGUACAUGGCCUGGGGAACGCAGUAGUUCUAGCUUGACGUUCAGGAUUUGAAUUGGCCUGGUUAGAUUUGAUCACAGGUCCUUUGUCCAGUAUGCAGGAGAACAUGGUGCACUGCUAGUUGGCCUGUAGAAAUAUAGUAAAUUCAAUUCAAAACCUUUUUUCUUUGUGAUCUGCUGCACAUGUUCAAGAGUACAAAAUUAAAUGUUCGUGACAUAUCCUGAGAGACUGUGUGGGAUCCUAUAUAGCGGCGUUUCCCAGUUGGUGUUCCACGGAACCCAGUUUAGGGAUUCGGCCCUGGUCGUGUGCCGCUGUUAAUUGAGGCGGGCGGCGAGGGAGCACUCUCCCCUGCUCAGCUCCCUCGGUCGCACCGUAGUGAUGCCGGAGCCGGAAUAUGACGGCACUCUGGCCUCUGCAUCACUAAGAGGUGCCCGAGGGAGCUGAGCAGGGAGAUCACUGCUCCCUCACUGCCAGCCUAUCGGCCCAGCAGCAUCACUGGACUACAGGGACUGCACACCAGUCGCCCAGCCCACUGAACCCCAGGGAAAUAGAGACUCUAUGCCAGCACUCCCAAAGGUAGGGAGGCUGGGUGGGGUGAAAAAAUUGUCUGUUAAGGAGUUUGUAUGUGUGUUUGUCAGUGCGAGUGCAUGUGUAUGUAUGUGUGCUUGUCAGUGAGCAUGUGUGUGUAUCCGAUGGGGUUUAUGUGAUGCUGCUUUUUGUAUUUACGUAAUUUUGAUGAAUAAAAUUUCAGCUUCAUAUUUUGUGAUUCCUUUCAGCAAUGCCUAGUGACAGAACACUGGCAAUCUUGUAAAUACCAGAGUAGUGACCGUUCCCAUUUAAACGUUUAGGAGGUCCAUUCUAAUAAUGUAGAAAACAGAACAUUAGAGUAAAGUUCUAACCACGGUGUAAUCACCAUGGAAACCACUGGAAUGUUGCUUUUUAUUCUGUUUGUUUCAAUGUUAAUUGCUUCUUAUUCAGAUGAUGGUAUUAAUGAAACUGUCAUAAACCCCUCCCCUCUUUGUGUGCACAUCACAUCAUCUUCCUUCUAUAAAUGUUUAUCUCCCAUUUCUCCAGAGAGGACCAGGUAAAUUUCCGUGGGUUUAUGAGAACGCUGGCUCAUUUCCGGCCAAUAGAAGAUAAUGAAAAGUCCAAAGAUGUGAGCAGUCCUGAACCUCUGAACAGUCGAAACAACAAAUUGCUGUGUAAGGGUCAUGUUAUUUCUAAGCCUUUCCAUGCCAUUUAGCAGUCUUGUUUCUGACAUCAAACAUUUAGACCUAAUUUAUUUACACCUCGCUAACUACUUACUCUAAAGAGCAUGGAAUUUCAUCUAUACAUUGUGCUAGCAGUUUUACUAGAAAAUGUGUAGAUUGGGAAAAAAAAACGGCCUAAUAAACAUAUAUUUAAAAAUAGACGCUAUUCCAAAGAAAUGAUUUACAGGGAUAGCAGAAGGGACCUCCCACAAGAGGUCUGCUUUUAACCUGUGGUUGCUGUGGUAACUCCCUAGCUAUCGUUGGCUAACGAGGAUAAGAGCAGAGUGACGUCCGUUCAUACUAGGGAUUAUUUAUUUUUUUAGAGCCGAUACCAAUAUUAUGUACAUUUACCAUUUUGAAAAAAUAAAAAUAAAAUAAACUAUUUCUACACAAAUCUACUGUUAACUGAACAUGUUUAUUAUUAUAUUUGUUUUAUUAAGGUAAAUGCACAAAAUAUACAUGCCAGUCAGAAUUUUUUGUUUUCAAGAAAGUGUGUGUGUGUGUGUGUGUGUAGUGGAUGCAGUGAGAGUAUUUGAUUAGUGAAUUCAGUGUGUGUGUUUGUGUAAUGUGUAUAUAAUGAAUGUUAGAGUGUGUGUGUGUGUGUGUGUGUGUGUUUUAGUCCCCCCUCCCUGCUUCUUACCUGGCCAGGUAGGGAGGAUAUGGCAUUACCUGGGGGCCAGACCCUCUCUUGCUUACCUUCAAGGCAGCUUCCCUGUCUAACUCUUGCAGCCUGCGUGCCGCGCGGAGCGUUGCCCUGGUAACCUGUGGCACCGCUCUGAUGGCCGCGGGACUUGCAAGAUUUAGACAGGGGAGCUGCUGGGCCCCCCAGGACUCUGAUGGUGGCCCUGGUCUGCAAUAUCGGUAUCUUUAUUGGCCAAUACCGAUAUUGCUGAAAAUACAGAAUAUUGGCCAGAGUGUUAAUCGGUCGAUCCCUAGUUCAUACGCUGGCAAUGAAGCCGGUGUGUCUGUGUCAUGGAGGAGAUUUGUGCUGCUUGGGGAAGAUUCCCAGAGCAGGACAAACCAAUGAGGAGUGAGGGCAGACUGGAGGUGGGUGUUACAGAAAUAUCGUGGUGGAGGAACUGGUCAGGUAGGUGCCUGACUGGUUCCCUUUAAAUACCUUGUCUUGUGGGGUUUUGUACCAACCACCAACCUUUUGUGAUCCAUCUACUGUUUGGCCGAUCUUUUGUAAGUAUAACUUUUCUUCCUCUCCGUUUCAGUUGCUUUUCGACUAUAUGACCUAGACAAAGAUGACAGGAUCUCCAGAGAUGAGCUUUUGCAGGUACAUUGUCAUGUAUUAGUGGCUGCGUAUAAACACUUGAACAUUAGUGUAUUUACAGUUGCCAUAGUAACCCUAAUAUUGGUAUUGCGCAAAAUGUAAUUAACUGUUUUUCUUCUUCCACUUCUUCUAUAAGGUCCUGCGCAUGAUGGUGGGAGUGAAUAUAUCGGAUGAUCAGUUAGGAAGCAUUGCUGAUCGUACUAUUCAGGAAGCUGAUCAAGAUGGAGACGCCGCUAUUUCAUUUUCAGAAUUUGUCAAGGUCUGGUAACUCUGUGUAUUUAGUUUUGAAUAUAGCUUCAAUUAAUUGGGUUAAAAACUACUAAUGUAAAUCUAUCUUUAUAUUUAUUUGGAGGAGGUCUAUUAAAGAGACACUGCAGGCUGGAGCUGACCCAUCAAUUUAAAUUGGUUUGCAUUCUAUAAAUAAUGUAUUAUAAAUAUGAGAAAUGUACUCCUGUUUGAAGUUUGCAGUUUCUAGUCUCCUCCAAUGUGGCAGUGACCACAAAACAGGAAGUUCUAAUCAUAAUGUUCUUUUCUUUUAAUUGAACUACUGAGCUUAUCCCAAAAUCACAAAUCGCUAAUAAUUACACUAGAAAGUAGCUUGGCUCAUUAUUCUGGUCUCUGGUGUCUGAACUCUCAACUAUUUAACGCAGGAGUUAAAAUGCAGAUAUUAUAUCCAAAAAGAGUCUUGAGUUCAAGGUGAAAAGCCGUUUUAUUGGAUCAUCGCGUACAGAACUGUGUGUGUUGAUCCAAUAAAACUGCUUUGCACCUUGAACCCAGUUACUGCCUGAAGCCUCCUUUUGGAUGUAUUAUAUGCAAGAGAUUUGCGGUUCCUUCAUCUUAGCACCCCCUGGCUCCUGGAAUGAGGGCAGUCCUUUUCUUGUGAUAAAAUGCAGAUUUGUCUCUAGCUGUUUAAUAUGGCACUUUGCAGAGAUUAGAUAUGCGACAGGCACUGUGAUAUACACUGGGAACUCACACUGAAUAUCUGUCAUCAUACUGUGUAGGAGUAGGUCUGCCUCUGUUAUGCUCAUAGGAAGGGUCUCUGUGACUUGUGUGUCGUCUGACAUGAUCAUUUCUUAUUUUUCAGGUUUUGGAGAAAGUUGACGUUGAACAGAAAAUGAGCAUUCGUUUCUUACACUAA